AUGGCAACCCGCGGUCCGCGUGUCCAGGGCGGCGCUGGUGCAAUAGCGUUGCUUAAUUCAAAGCGGGGCGAGGAGCAGGACCGGGGGAAGGACUGGGGGGAAGGACCGGGGGAAGGACCGAGGGAAGGACCGGGGGAAGGACCGGGCGAAGGACCGGGGGAAGGACCGGGGGGAGGACCGGGGAAGGACCGGGGGAAGGACCGGGCGAAGGACCGGGGGAAGGACCGGGGGAAGGACCGGGCGAAGGACUGGGGGAAGGACUGGGGGAAGGACCGGGCGAAGGACCGGGGGAAGGACCGGGGGAAGGACCGGGCGAAGGACUGGGGGAAGGACUGGGGGAAGGACUGGGGGAAGGACUGGGGGAAGGACCAGGGAAGGACCGGGGGAAGGACCGGGGACCGGGGGAAGGACUGGGGGGAAGGACCGGGGGAAGGACCGGGGGAAGGACCGGGGGAAGGACCGGGGGGAGGACCGGGGAAGGACCGGGGGGAGGACCGGGGGAAGGACCAGGGAAGGACCGGGGGAAGGACCGGGGAAGGACCGGGGGAAGGACCGGGGAAGGACCGGGGGAAGGACCGGGGGAAAGACCGGGGGAAGGACCGGGGAAGGACCGGGGGAAGGACCGGGGGAAGGACCGGGGAAGGACCGGGGAAGGACCGGGGAAGGACCGGGGGAAGGACCGGGGGAAGGACCGGGGGAAGGACCGGGCAAAGCACCGGGCAAAGGACCGGGGGAAGGACCGGGGGAAGGACCGGGCGAAGGACCGGGGGAAGGACCGGGGGAAGGACCGGGCAAAGCACCGGGCGAAGGACCGGGGGAAGGACCGGGGGAAGGACCGGGCGAAGGACCGGGGGAAGGACUCGGGGGAAGGACCGGGGGAAGGACCGGGGGAAGGACCGGGGGAAGGACCGCGGGAAGGACCGGGGGAAGGACCGGGCAAAGCACCGGGCGAAGGACCGGGGGAAGGACCGGGGUAAGGACCGGGCGAAGGACCGGGGGAAGGACUCGGGGGAAGGACCGGGGGAAGGACCGGGGGAAGGACCGGGGGAAGGACCGGGGGGAGGACCGGGGGAAGGACCGGAGGGAGGACCGGGGGAAGGACUGGAGUGCAGUCUGAAGUCAGAGGCAAAAACUGGAUCGAAGGUUUUCAGCAGUGGUGCUGAAUCCGGGACUAUUCCGGUGUGUCCUAAACGCGGAGGUACCCCAGCAGGGACCACGUGCACGGAGAGAGCCGGGGCCCCUGUUGCGCUGCGCGAGCGCAUUAAGCACGAGCGACGAUAA